UCAAUUAUAGUAGGACAAUGACCCCAAAUAUAAUAGUUAUGGUUCCUAAAUUAAAGCUUUAUACUUGGCCAUUUGUAAACUCAAAUGAAAUUAAGUUCCGCAAAGGUGCCUAAGGAGUCAAAGGGGGCCUCCCCAAGUCAUGUAGGAUAUCAUAAUAGCUCUCUUCACUCUGAAAGGAGGAGCAGCAGCCACACAACUCUUCCCUUCCAACCAGCAGAUCACCUAGAGCAAUGGUCAUCAGUAGCCGUAGACAUGCACAACAACAACAGCAACAAUCAUCUUCAUCAGCCCCAAAGUAGCCACACAUCAACCAGCCGUUCAUCGGACUACUCCGCCGGCGGUGAGCCUUGUGCCACGGGUAACAAAUGGGCUUCAAGGCUUCUAAGGGAAUGUGCUAGAGCCAUCUCCGACAAGGAUUCUAGCAAAAUCCAUCACCUUCUUUGGAUGUUGAACGAGCUCGCUUCCCCUUACGGAGAUUGUGAUCAGAAACUAGCAUCAUAUUUCUUGCAAGCACUGUUUUGUAAGGCUACUGAAUCAGGGCAACGAUGCUACAAAACCCUAACUUCAGUUGCAGAAAAGAGCCACUCCUUUGAUUCAGCUAGGAAGUUAAUCCUCAAGUUCCAAGAGGUAAGUCCAUGGACAACUUUUGGUCAUGUAGCUGCCAAUGGUGCAAUUUUGGAAGCCUUAGAUGGGGAAACCAAACUUCAUAUCAUCGAUAUAAGCAAUACCCUUUGCACCCAAUGGCCUACUUUGCUAGAAGCUUUAGCCACAAGAAACGAUGAGACACCACACUUAAAGCUCACUGUUGUGGUAACUGCUAAUAUUGUAAGAUCUGUCAUGAAGGAAAUAAGCCAGCGAAUGGAGAAAUUUGCUAGGUUAAUGGGUGUGCCUUUCGAGUUUAAUGUAAUAAGUGGGCUAAAUCACUUAGGUGAACUCACAAAGGAAGCCCUCGGUGUUCUUGAGGAUGAAGCCAUCGCGGUGAAUUGUAUCGGGGCCUUGAGAAGAGUUGCAGUCGAGGAAAGAGGAGCUGUGAUCCAGAUGUUUCAAUCCCUUGGGCCUAAAGUUGUCACAGUUGUUGAAGAAGAAGCUGAUUUUUCAAGCACCCGAUAUGACUUUGUCAGGUGCUUUGAAGAAUGCCUAAGAUUUUAUACAUUGUACUUUGAGAUGCUUGAGGAAAGCUUUAUCCCAACCAGCAAUGAGAAGUUGAUGCUCGAGAGAGAGUGCUCAAGGAGUAUAGUUAGGGUUUUGGCUUGUGAUCAUGACCAAGACAGUGGCGGAGAGUGUGAGAGAAGGGAGAGAGGGAGCCAAUGGUCUGACAGGCUCAAGGAGGCUUUUUCACCUGUUGGAUUUAGCGACGACGUUGUUGAUGAUGUCAAGGCAUUGCUAAAGAGGUACAGAACAGGAUGGGCACUUGCACAACCACAUCAAGAUGAUACAGGAUUUUACUUAACAUGGAAAGAGGAACCUGUAGUAUGGGUAUCAGCCUGGAAACCCUAAAAAUUUGGCCAAAUUUGCAACCAUGAGUUCUAUGUUCUGAAACCAAAAGUGAAGCUUUUGCACUGCAUUUAUGCACGAAUUUGGAAGCAAUGAAACAUGCAGAUGGAGUUCACUUUUCAUAUCUUCUUCUCAUUUCAUAAAUAUAUUUGCAUGCUUGUAUUUUAUCUAAUGUCCACUCUUUUUUUCAGCUUUAUGCUUUGGAGUUUGUGAUUUUUCUUUUUCUGCUUUAGAUAUAUUAUUGUUGUUUGAAGGUGUUUGCAUUUGUGCCUCUGUCAAAUUCCAAUUUGGAUUGCUCCCUGUAUUAAUUUCCUUAUUUUCCUCAUCCCUUUCUCAGAUUUUUGUAACUAAAAAUAUGAACUAUAUAUUGUGAUUGAAAGAUGAGAAAUAAU